GGCUCGCAGUUGAGAUUGGGACAUGGCCUAGCGAUUUGAUCUCGGCGUGAGAACUCACGAUGUUGUCGCAGCAGGACUUGGACAGCUUGGUGAACCUGCUCAAAGAGCCUAACAAGCCCUUUGAAGCCAUCGCGAUGCAGUUUUACAAGCUCUUCGCCAAGCCCGACCAGUUCAAAGCUGGGUGCGUCAUUUGCAUGCUCUUACAGGACAAGCUGCUGACGCAGACCCAGCGGCUGGUGGGCUUCUACCUUCUUUAUGACAUCUACAGGCAAGACACCUUGCCAACCACGCCCUUCGUCCCUCUGGUGGUGGAGAUCGUGGAGCAGACCAGCGAUGUCGUAGAGAGAAAGUUCCUGCUGCAGUUCCUGUCGUCCAUGCCGAAGGAGCUGCCAAAGCAAUCCGUGCAGAGCUUUCUCCAGAGCUGCGACCCCUUGGAGCACGUGCCGAUCCCGGACCUGGACGCCUUUCGGCGGAUGCACGCGGAGAGCUCCCCAGGGGUCAGCCCGGGCGCUGCCUUGGGCAUCAGACCCAGUCUCAACGACAGGUCAGAUGAGGGCUUUUGGGUGCGGCCAGACGACGACGCGAGUGCCGGGCUGGAGCUGAGUCCAGAGGAGCUGACGCUGCUCUCGCUGGAACCGGCUUGGUCUCGCCCGGUGCCGCCGUUGCUGGAGCCCACGGUAGAUGAGGUCUUUUGGCUGACUCCACCGCAGCUGCUGUCGGAGCCCCUUUGGGACUACACCAUGUGUGCGGACACCUCCCUAGGGGCCGAAGUCAGAGAGCUGAUCGCGAAGGCGGUGAAGACUCCUCUGCCCCCCGCCCAGUGCACCAUCAUCUACAGCGGCCUUGAACAGGAUGCCAAGCUGGUGUACCACUGCGGCCUGACGCCAAAGAAGCUGCCAGAAUUGGUCGAGCACAAUCCGCAGAUUGCCAUAGAGGUUUUGCUGAAGCUCAUGGGGGGCUCGCAGAUCUCCAACUACUUCACCGCGCUGGUGAACAUGGAGAUGAGUCUGCACUCUAUGGAGGUGGUCAACAGAUUGACAACUGCGGUGGACCUUCCACCGGAGUUUGUGCACCUGUACAUCUCCAACUGCAUAUCCUCCUGCGAGAGCAUCAAGGACAAGUACAUGCAGAAUCGCCUUGUGCGCCUGGUGUGCGUGUUCCUGCAAUCGCUGAUCCGCAACAAGAUCAUUAACGUCCAUGACCUCUUCAUCGAGGUGCAGGCCUUCUGCAUCGAGUUCAGCCGGAUCCGCGAGGCGGCAGCCCUGUUCCGCAUGCUGAAAACCCUUGAGCAGGGCAAUGCGCAAACGAAGUGAGACGAGUCGAUCCGAUGGCCGAAGCUGCGGAACGCGCAUCGAUACCCGUGUAUCAGUUGUCCA